GCGCCUUAACCGCUAAUUGAAUUGAGAUUGCAAUCUCAAUGGCGCAAGCAAAAGCAACCCCAAUCUUCUCCCAGCAAGAAAUCCCCACGCUUUCUUCAUUUUCCCUCGAUCCAAACACCUUUAAAACGACACUCCAACCCAUCCCCAAGCCAACAACACUCGCCGCCGUCAUGGCCGCAGAUAUUUCCAAUCGUUAUUUUCCGAUUAAAACGGUGGUGGUGCUAGUCCAAGAGAACCGCUCGUUCGACCACAUGCUCGGCUGGAUGAAGACCCUCAACCCCCACAUCGACGGCGUCACCGGCGCCGAGUCCAACCCCCUCGGCUCCACUCGGCUCUUCUUCGGUCGCCGCUCCGCCUACGUCGACCCGGACCCGGGCCACACCAUCCAAGCCAUCUACGAGCAAGUCUUCGGCCAGCCGUGGAGCCGAGACGAGAAGGAGCGGGAGCGGGAGCCGACAAUGCAAGGCUUCGCGCAGAAUGCGGAGAGGACGGAGAACGGCAUGGCGGACGCGGUGAUGAACGGGUUUGAGCCGGACGCCGUGCCGGUGUACAAGGAUCUGGUGGCAGAGUUCGCGGUGUGCGACCGGUGGUUCGCGGCCGUGCCGGCGUCGACGCAACCAAACAGGUUGUUUGUGCACUCGGCGACGUCGCGUGGCGCCACGAGCAACGACACGAAGCUUCUGGUUGAAGGGUUUCCCCAGAAGACCAUAUUUGAGUCUUUGGAUGAAGCUGGUUAUAGCUUUGGCAUAUAUUAUCAGUACCCUCCUUCCACUCUGUUCUUCAGGAAUCUAAGAAAGCUGAAAUACGUAAAGCACUUUCACCAGUUCGAUCUCCACUUCAAGAAUCACUGCAAAGAGGGGAAGCUUCCAAACUACGUGGUAAUCGAACAGAGAUACUUCGACCUCAAAAUCUUGCCGGGGAACGACGAUCACCCUUCUCACGACGUCUUCGAGGGCCAGAAAUUUGUGAAAGAAGUUUACGAAGCGGUGAGAUCAAGUCCCCAGUGGAACGAGAUCCUGUUCAUCGUUGUCUACGACGAACACGGCGGUUUCUACGACCACGUGCCGACACCGGUGGCAGGAGUUCCGAGUCCGGACGGCGUAGUGGGCCCUGAGCCGUACAACUUCCGGUUUGACCGGCUCGGCGUUCGUGUCCCGGCGAUUCUGAUCUCGCCGUGGAUUGAGGCUGGAACUGUGUUGCAUGGGCCGUCGGGGCCUUUUCCGUCGUCGGAGUUCGAGCAUUCUUCGAUUCCGGCGACUGUUAAGAAGAUUUUCAAGCUGAAAGAGUUCUUGACUAAGAGAGACGCUUGGGCAGGCACUUUUGAAAGCGUUCUCAGCCGAAGCAGCCCAAGAACUGACUGUCCAGUUAAACUGGCGGAACCAGUGAAGCUGAGAGAGGCCGAAGCCGAAGAGAAGGCGAAGCUGACAGAUUUUCAGGCAGUGCUGGUGCAAAUGGCGGCGGCAUUAUGCGGAGACCACCAGAAAGACAGCUAUCCCGACAAGCUGGUGGAGAAGAUGACCGUUGCAGCGGCGGCUGAAUACGUGAACAAUGCUUUCAAGAAAUUCUUGGACGAAUGCGAGAAGAAAUCCCGGGAAAGCAGCGGGGCAGAUGACGAAUCCCAGAUUUGUGUUCCUCCUGCAGGCCGAGACGACGCAGCAAAAGCAAAAUCUAAUAACAAGUCCUUUGCUUCCAAGUUGUUUUCCUGUAUGAUUUGUAGCCCUUCCAAUAAUUAAGCUUCAUGCAGAUGAUCAAGAAGUCGUGGGUGGGAUCCAUCCAUAAGCUUCAUUUUGUGUAUGCAAUGAUGUGGGGAUUAAUUUGCUUCAUUUGUUUAUGUCUAAUGUUGAUUGAUCGAUGCAUGACGUUUAUGAUGAAAUGUAUUCAUUCCAAUUAGUCAUAUUCUUAUGAAUAAGAACCAAAUUUGAUAACAUUUAUAUA